AUGACGACUACCGAUGCAUUGGAAAAGUCGACAGGCGAAUAUCGCCAGUACCUCCCCGACCUAAGCCUCAAGCGCUUCCAGGUGAUGUGCCAACAAGAUGCGCACGAGUAUGCACAAGACUUCAAGACCGGACAUCAGCCACCAUGGCUGCAUGCACUAUACAUGCAUUGGUUAGAUCUAUUACAAGAGCCAUUCAAGGGCGUAACGACCGACGGUACGCACGAAAGCAACAUGAAAUCAGACCACCCCCUAACAUCUACAGGAAACGUCCGCCCGGGUCUAUUCACAUUACAAGACGAAGAAGUCCCAAUCCAACAAAUAGUAGAGGCAACAGAAUCCCUAACAGCCUUGCUCGAUAACAACCAAAAAGAAGCCAUCAACUACCACAUCGACUCCCCCCAAUGGCGCACCUGGUCCAACCCCGAGUUCCUACUCGCAAACAAGGGCAUUCGACUAGACGAGAUCAACCCCGAAACCCGCGACGCAGUGAUGAACGUUCUGCAACAAACCCUCUCGCCAGAAGGGUACUCCAAAGCCAUCAGCGCAAUGCGCAUCAACCACUUCCUCGGCGAGCUAGUCAAAUCCCCAGCCGUGAUGAACGAAUUCUCCUACAACUUCGUCCUCUUCGGCCGUCCAUCAACCACCCGUCCCUGGGGCUGGUCCUUCUACGGCCACCAUCUAUGUCUAAAUAUCUUCCUGUACAAGGGCCAGAUCAUUGCCUCGCCGUGGUUCACGGGCGCCGAACCAAACGAGAUCGACGCCGGCCCAUACGCCGGCACGCGCAUCAUGCAACUCGAAGAGAAAUUCGGGUUACAGUUGAUGCAGUCUCUCUCCUCGGAACUACAGACCCAAGCCCGCGUCUUCGCCCAAAUGAACGAUCCCGCCAUGCCGCCCGGCCGCUGGAACAAGGAUGAUCAGCGCCAUCUUUGUGGUGCGUAUCGGGAUAACCGGGAAGUGCCGUACGAAGGGGUCCUUGUGUCGACAUUUGACGCUGUGCAGAAAGAGCUCUUGUAUGGGAUUCUUGAGCAGUAUUUGCUUUAUUUGCCGGCGAAGUCGCGGGCGAUGAAGAUCGAUCAGGUGCGUGCUCAUGAGGCGGAGACGUACUUCUGUUGGAUUGGAGGAUAUGGGGAUGAGGAUCCUUUCUAUUAUCGGAUUCAGAGCCCGGUAAUUCUUGUUGAGUUCGAUCAUCAUUCUGGGGUGUUUUUGAAUAAUGAGGAGCCAAAGAAGUUCCAUAUCCAUACUUUGCUUCGCACGCCGAAUGGGGGUGAUUAUGGUCAGGCGCUGCGGCCGCAGAUACCGGCUAUUGAGGGAUUGAAUGGGAAGGAAAUUGUCUGGUAG